AUGCUUCCUCCAGAUAACCAUAACGGCAGACGAAUAUGGCGAGAAUAUGAGACAAGUAAUUCCUGUCAACACCAAGACCACGCACAUCCCGAAACACGCCCUAAUUGUCCAUGCUGGUCCAACUGGGUAUGCGACCGAGUAGAUCGUCUUGAGCGGGAAUUGGAUACAUUGCGAGGGGAGGUCAAUUUUAAUACUCACGCAGAUUUGUCGCAGCUGCAAGAUGAGCUUAACUCCGCACAAGCAAGGACAAGAUCCCGGAUUGCGCAAGAGACUCAGUAUCGAGAUGAGAGGGAUAGACAUUUUAAUCGACUACUGGAUAUGCAAAAGCAGAUUCAAGACUGUGCUGCUGAUCUCGAAACUGCCCGGGGAGGUCAGAAAGCAAUCCUCAACAAGAAUGUAACUCUUGAGGAAUUUUUGAACGUAGUUCGUCGAGAAUUGAUAUUUCGAGAAGAGAGAGAACGCAGCGGUGUUCCUCGAGAAGAGAUUGAAGGUUUACGUUCGGAUCUAAACAAGCUGUGGCAACUUACUGAAGCUGCCGCCCGGGAAAUCGAUGUUCAUGUUCAUAUCAAGGAAAAGGGUGUUAUCACGAUACAAGGAUACAUUGUGGCUUCCGUGCAGAAGGUCAAGGCAUUACAGCUGGAAAUUCAGCAGAAGGAUGUUAGCAGUGAUUAUGUUAUGUUUUUGCAACAGCGAAACCGAGAGGGAGCAAGAGUGAUCAACGAAAUGGGUGAGCAACUGAGGGGUGCGUGGCAAGGGAACAUACCAGGCAUAGGAGUUGUACCUGAUAACAUAACCGCUGCGGUAGGAACUGUCAAUAUAGCGCCACCGAUCGACUUCAAGUCAUUCAAAGAACUUGCAUGGGGUAUAUACCUGGGACUCUUCAAUUCGGAGCGAAACCUCACGAUGAUCAUAACUGAUCGCCAGAUGGAGCUACCAGUAUGGGAAUCCGCACCUAUCCGUAUUGAUUCCGAGAACGUGACUUAUCCGAACAAAUGGGAUUUCGCAGCACAGCUUGUUCGAAGUGAGAUUCGACGAUUCUUGCUACGAGUAUGGCACCUCUACGUAUACAUCCGUGACAAUAAUGUCCCAGGUAGCCAGCCAUACUGGAACGGACCAUAUGAUGAUGAUCACGGACGAGCGAUCCAUGUGCACGAAGCCUUCAAAGCAGUUGACGGACGAGGAAUCAUGGCACAGACGGAAUUGAAUUUCGUACGGCAAUUUAUCGAACCAGCUACUGAUACUGCAUACAAGACUGAUCUCGAGGAACGUAUUGAUCGCCGCUAUCCUAUCUACCGGGAAAUGCAAUCUUCGAUCAAUAAUCUUACCCAAAGGAUUGUAAUGUUCCGCCAAGUACCCCCCUCAUGGCCAGAACAACACGAACGAGAUAAUAGCGCGUUCUUACCCAAGAAGAGUUUCGAUCUAUUGGCUUUGAUGCUUUCGAGGAUUGAAAUGGAGUAUCUGGGCAUUCGGUUAAUCCAACUCAUCCAAACGGUCAAUAAUUACUGGCACUUGGUUCCUCGAGAUGAUUCCGAAUUACCUCGAAAUAUGUCCAACGAGAUAGGCCAUGCCCAUGCAAUGCAGGCAGCUUGUCAAGCGGAAUUGACACGACCAUCUGAGAUUGCACCGCCGGCUGCAUAUCCAGGAAAGACGUUACCACCGAUGCCUGCGUACACCCCAUACGGGGAGAUGAUAAUUCCCAAAUCGACAUACGACAACAAGAAUAAGGAUAAGGAUAAUAAAAACAACGAUAAUAAAGGGAAUCAAAACAAAGGGCAAGCUAACUCGGACAAAAAGAAGAACGAGUCACAAGUAAGAGGCAAGCUCAACAAGUUAGAAACUGCCUUAGGGAAUAAGAAAAUAAGUUUCGACAAAAUGGUCAGAAAUGCACAGACCAAUUUUGCGAAUGCACCUAGAGAUGCCUCACCCGACGACAAAUUACAAUUGGAACUUAACAAGCUGCACGAGUAUCGGCAAAAGUUGGAGAAUCUAUACACCAGAAAUGGAGGAAAACUCAGCGAUAUAAAAGGAUAUAACUAA